UAUAGAAACAGCGGCCGCCGGAGGCGCGUCUCCGCCCGCCUCGAGGAGACAGGGGACGGCGGACGGGCGCGGUAAGAGGCGAGCAGCCUGCAGGGAGUUGGGGAAAGUGGCAACGCUGUGCCUCGCACCGGCUUUCUUCGCUUUCUCCCUCGGUUCUUGGAAGGUAUAAAGUUGUGAGGAGACGGAGGGGCGUUCAAACAGCAGCCGCCGGCCCCUCGUGACGUGGCUAAUCCGCUCCCGGUGCACUUGGCCGUGCCAGAGCCCAGGGCCACGCUUCGUGCCACGCUUCGUGCCGUGGGAUCCGCCGUGGGUCUGUCCGUCUGUCCGCAGUUUGCUCCCAGUGAAGACGCAGGGCACUAUGUCACUGGCAUCCUGGUUCAGGUGGAAUGAGCCCCCAAAUCGGAUUUCCCAGAGGAACCCCACAGAGAUGGUGGUUGAGACGCUAAUGAUGGAGCUGAGCUGGCAGAUCAAGCAGGCAGAGAAGCAGCAGAGGGAGCGGGAGAAUGAGUAUCGCAAGAUCAAGACCGGGGUAGACUACGGCUGGCUGGUCAGCUAUCCAAAGCAGAGCUAUGAUAUCAGCCCAGGAGAAAGGCUGCAGCUGGAGGAUAUGUGUACCAGAAUACAUCCCUCAUACUGUGGGCCUGUCAUACUCAGAUUCCGGCAACUCAUUGCUGAAUACGAACCAGAAGUGCAGGAAGUAUCUCGACUCUUCCGCUCUGUUCUGCAGGAAGCUGUUGAGAAGAUCAAAGAGGAGGAAGACGCCAAGAAGCUCGCCAAGCAAUGGAACACAAAGAACAAAACCAGCCUCUCCUUAACAACGUUUAAGUCCCGGUCCAAGAUUUCCCCGUUCAUCAGUGACAUCAAGACCAUCUCUGAGGAUGUAGAGCGGGGCACCCAGCCCACCAGGAGGGUUUGGAGCAUGCCAGAAUUCCGGAAUGCCAAGGAUUACUGACUCUGUAUGAACAAGGUUUUUAAACAGUGAUCUCUCCAAACCCCAGUUAACCCUUUUUUUAGCUCUACCAUUUCUUCUUUGUUCCAGCUUUCUCUUACUGUCUGCCUCUCUCAGAAGCUGUGUCCAUAGUAACUGCUGCUGAUGCCCACAAAAUGUGACAAUUUAUUCCCACACAUGCUAGCUUUUCCUUUAAUUUAGUAGUAUUCACUGACUUUAAUUGCAAGGCUCACUUACUUUCUCAUUUGUAUUACUGCUUUUAUUUAUUUUAUUGGUGGAAAAUGAAUUAGUUUUGUGAUAUCUUUUUCUUCUCCCUUUCCCCUCAGCCUGGAUGAAGUUACCUAUUAAAACUAUUGGCCCAAGCUAGUGAGAGCUGCUGGGUGAAUGCGAGAAGGUCCAUUUACAUGAGAAAGGCUUGCAGGAUCAAGCCUGUGAACUAGGGCUAGUAUCAGUCAGAACUGAACUUCUUUUUCCAGCUAACAACCUUCCUCAGUGCUGCAGGAGAUGCAGGUAAACCCAGUGCUGCUCUCGAGUGCUGUUCUUGAGUAGCAAUCCAGCUCAAGCAAAGCAGACUCAAACUUUCUGAGAUGGAAGUCUAACGUAAUUGCACAGCAUGCUUAGGUUGUUUGGGUAUUUUCUCUUAUGCAGGCAGAACCCCUGAACCUUGUGCCUGCAGAGCAGAUAGAAAUGUAACACUGUUGUGGGUGGAUACAUCAGUUCUGUGUCAACAGCUCUUCUUGGUCCUGUGUUCUAUGUUAUUGAGGUAAGUGCUAUACCCUGCGUCCCAGUAAUAAGUAAGCCACUGGGCUGAAAUUAAUGUUUAUGACUAAGUCUGAAAGAGUACUGAAGGAUAAUAUCAAUGAAGGGUAAAGGGAAUCAGCAUUCAUCUACUGCACUCCGUACAGCUUGGAGUUGAGAUAAUGUUAAUAAGCUGUUGUUGUGAAUGGCUGAAGGGCUCUGGUAGAUGAAGGUCCAUUCCCUCACUCUUCUCUCAUGAGAGCUUUCCAGUAUUGCAGGCUGCUGGCCAGUGAGUUGAUACUAUUACAGAAGAAUCUUUAAUGAAAACUGAAUAGCCUGUAGGCCAGCACAGUUCUGCUGAGACCUCAAGUAAGCAAGAAAAUACCAGUGAGGAAAAGCUACUGGGGCCCUAAAUCAGCAUCCACAGGGAAAACUCUUACCAGGAAAAGAAAGAGAACAUCAUGCUGUAAAAAUCAUUGUUCCUGUAGAGAGAAGCCAAGGACUAGGAUGCUUUCUGGUGACCAGCGGGAGCUGAGGAAGGAAGAUAGGGAUCUCCCCCUGUGUCUGGCUUUUGGAGAAUCAUCCCCACUGGGAUAUAGCCUCCUGGAGGACGCUGUAUAGCUUUGUUGUUCUUUUGCCUGUUUCCAACUCUUUUCCCCAGGGAUUUUUGCAACAGCAUGUGGGUACUACAGCCAAAACGAAAUCCUUUGAAGCUAUGCCAACCCUGGGAACAGUUCCAGCACAUGAAAUUUAUCCUAGAGUAGAAAUGUGCAGUUUCUUCCAGAGCUGGGGGAUCAUAGCGUGAAAACAAAGAUCAAGUUCAAAUCUUUAACAGCUCUCUAAGAGUGUGGAAUUCUGGCUCUCUCUCACUCUCCUCUGGGCUAGCUAAGGCUAAACACAAGGCUGUAGCAUUGUGAACACUGUUGCAGAGGAUUGCUUCUAAUAAAAAAACCUCAGGGCUUCCAGAUAGACCACCCAGUUCAGGACUGGCUACUUCAGCUCCAGGUCAACAGGGGAGAGACUAAAGCCUUCUGACAGUCAACUUGGUGUUUUUCAGCUCUGUGUCCUUGUGAAGUAGUCUGAUUUUGUAUAUGAAGUACAACAGAAGCUUGACGUAUUUAGCAAAGCCUUUAGGUAUCUACAAGUUUUGUGAUCCCUAGCAAGAUGUCACCAUCUAAAAAAAAACCACAAAAACAUACUGUUUGGAAAAAAGUUAAACUUUUAAAAAUAUAUUUGCAAAGCACUACACUUGUUGCACUGAAGGCUGAGAUGGGGUCAUAAAUUUUAUGCUACAAUUUUGUAGUCAAUUUUUUGUACUCAAGUUUUAUUUUAACGCCUUCAGUGCUGGCUGUUUUGAUGCAAUAUCUGAUAAACUGAUGGGAAAGAAGGGCCAUUCUGAUACUGAUGUAAAACUGUUUGCUACAGUACAGUGUCUGUAAUGUGCUCACUCUAUCAAAAGGAAAAUCAGGAGUAACUAGCUUCCUUGCACAAAUGUACAAAGGCAAUGAAAUCACCUGAAGAUUGUUCACAAUAUUAUCACAGCAUCCUGUGAUCGUAUUGUAUCCUUCAUUAAGAACCUCUAGCUAGCAGAUACCAUUUUUGUUUUACAUUCAGUGGAGGGAGACAAAUCUGACCUUUGGUCAAAGCCAUAUACAUAUGAGGGCCAUGUGGUGAUGGUACCUGUGACAGCUGUUAAGCUUCAGUUUACCCACCACCUCUAAUUCCACAGUAAAAUGGUACCAUAUGAAAGUUUGGAUUACACUUUCUCCCUGUACCUCUCCUGCAAGUUACAUCAGGCUCACAGAACCAUCUGAUGAUGAAGGGAUAUUCAGGUACAAAUCUGGCCAGCCAGUACUCUGAAAAAUAAGCUCUAUGCUCACCUAUAGCCAGCGACUUGGAGACUGACUGCAACUUUCUGUGCAGUGUAUGCACCAGCAAGUACUGAAGCAGAGCUCGGGAGGUGCUUAGGACACUCAGCUGUUGCACUGUGCUUGUAACACUUGUUUUUCUUCGGAACUGUAGACUGAACUAAAUGAUUCUUGGUCGCUGCAUGCAGCAACAAGUAACUACUCAUUUUUGCCUUAUCCUAAUUCCAUGUUUUGUGUGACUGAAUUAGAAUUUGAGAUGAUUAAAUCAGGAGUAUGCAACUCCUGACUGUCCCUUACCUACUGAGCUAUGGUCCACAUACCUGAGUAGACGCAGUGGGCAAACUAGAUUGCAUCUGGAUUAAGCAAACCUAAAUGAUCUGUUGCAGCUGACUCACAGGUUUGCAGACCAUGAAACAGGACUAAUAAAUCCUCCUAACGCUUGCAUAGUGUGAACAUUAAGUCCUUACUGACAACUGUACUGCUCUAUACAGCUCUGCUUCUCCUGGACUGCACUGCCUACUAGUGUAGAAAAGCAUUCCUACACAACUCAGAUGAGAUGUUCUGUUAUUAGCCACUCUAGAGAAAGACCAGUGAUUUAAUUCCCAAAGAAUGAAAAGUGACACAGCAUAACACCAGUAACAAACAAGUAAGUAAACUGAACAAGAAUAAUUCCAAAUCCUCAUUCUUUCAAAACUGAACAAAGACUUCAGGGUCAGCCUAGAGCAUCGCUGUUGCCCCAUCAGAGGUAGUGUUAUGCUGUCCAAAGGAUAUUGUUACACUCAGGAAAAAGCAAUCAGAUACCACUUACUUUUAUUACACAUGCUAACACAUAAUGUCAACACCACUACAGCAGCUCAGGUGUGUGGCUCGGCUUCAAGGGCUAAAACACUUCUCAGAGUCACUACUUGCCCAAGAAAGAAAAUGCAGCUCUGCUCCUAGAGCCUAGUCUGGCCCACGGGCUGUCAUGGCCAACAAAGAUGUGCAGGAGGAAACUCUUCACCUCUAUCAGCAUACAGCUCAGACAGCUGUCGCACCUUAGGGAACUGGAGUAUGCUUCACAGGAAAUACCUGUCUACUGAGAUUGCACUGUUUAUGUAUUUCAUCAUGGAACUGUAGAGAAUUAAAGCAAAGCUAUGAAAUAUAAAA